UGGACCACGCCCCCAGUGGAGGCCAACGCCAGGCUCCCGGAGGACCCGGGCACCAGGGGGCCCCAAGGAGGAGCUGCCCGCCUGGCAGGACCUCGGCUCUUGUCCGGCUGAUCUGCUGCCCGCUGGGGCUGUCUGGCUGCUCUCCCUGCUGCGUGAGCUCCUGAGAGCCACCUGGGCUGUUGCUUCAAAGCACUGCCUCCUCAUCAGAAUCACGGGGUGCAGGGCCCAGGCGUCUGCAUUUCCAACAGACACUCCAGGUGACCGUGGUGCCCGCGAGAGUUUGAGAUCCAUUGUUCUGAGACAGCAUCGGGAGCCCCCCUGUACUGCUGCAGCCCUGACUUCCUCUCCCAGGGACGAGGCCACCUGGAGAGGCCAGGACCAAGGAGGGAGCCCUGCUUUCGCCGAGGACAAGGACUCCCUCUUCUAGAGCAGCAUGUCAGAGGGGGCGGGCACCUUCCGCGUGGUCCCUGAGGAGGAGCAGGAGCUCCGUGGCCGGCUGGAGCGGCUUACAACCAAGGACCACGGUCCUGUCUUUGGCCUGUGCAGCAAGCUGCCCCCCCACACCUUGCAGAAGGCCAAGGACGAGCUGAACGAGAGGGAGGAGACUAGGGAGGAGGCGGUGCGCGAGCUGCAGGAGCUGGUGCAGCUGCAGGCGGCCUCGGGGCAGGAGCUGGCCUGCGCUGUGGCUGAGAAGGUGCAAGGCUGGGACAGCGCCUUCUUCCUGCGCUUCAUCCGCGCGCGGAAGUUUGAUGUGGGGCGCGCCUACGAGCUGCUUAGAGGCUAUGUGCACUUCCGGCAGCAGCACCCCGAGCUCUUUGACAGCCUAUCCCUGGAGGCGGUCCGCUGUACCAUUGAGGCCGGCUACCCCGGGGUCCUGUCCAGUCGGGACAAGUACGGCCGAGUGGUCAUGCUCUUCAACAUCGAGAACUGGGACUGUGAAGAAAUCACCUUUGACGAGCCUGUUCGCUUCCCGCCCAAGAUCUUGCAGGCCUAUUGUUUCAUCCUGGAGAAGCUCCUGGAGAACGAGGAGACUCAAAUUAACGGCUUCUGCAUCAUUGAGAACUUCAAGGGCUUCACCAUGCAGCAGGCUGCCGGGCUGAGGGCUGCGGAUCUCAGGAAGAUGGUGGACAUGCUCCAGGAUUCCUUCCCAGCACGGUUCAAAGCCAUCCACUUCAUCCACCAGCCAUGGUACUUCACCACGACCUACAACGUGGUGCGGCCCUUCUUGAAGAGCAAGAUGCUCCAGAGGGUCUUUGUCCAUGGAGAUGACCUCUCUGGCUUCUUCCAGGAGAUUGACAAGGACAUCCUGCCCACCGACUUUGGGGGCACACUGCCCAAGUAUGACGGCAGGGUCGUUGCUGAGCAGCUCUUUGGCCCCCGGGCCCAAGCCGAGAGCACUACCUUUUGAUGACAUCAUCGGCCAUCCAACCAGUAGUUAGCAUCCCUGGGCCUCGCCCAGGCUGUCCUGGACCCAGAAAGCCGGAAAAGGGCUCCGUGGGGUGACUGAGAUUCCCCUGACCCUCCCUAAGCUCGGGUGGGCUUAGGAGGACCCUCCCCCUAAGUUUGGGGGCAAUGAGGACGGCGGAGUUCAUUUGAACCAGCAGAACUGGAAGCAGUUCCAUUCCCAUUGACUUUGAGGCUUUGGGAUACUGGCGUGUGUGAGGUUGUUUCAAAGACUCUAAUCAUUCUUAGUGAUUUCCUUCCUAAUGGAGUUUUGCUACUUAAGAGUCUGUGAGGACAGGCAAGGAGGGAAUCUAAGAGCACGUGAUCUGGCAGGCACCACACCUCCGUGGCACCAUCCUGCAGUGGCCCGGUCGCCCCAGUCAGGCGCAGUCUGAUGCGUGUGCAGCGAUGAUGGCCAGGGCCCUGGACCUCCUUCCACGGUGGCGGCUGUGUCCCCUCCUUCUGUGUGUGGGAUGUCCACCAGACGCGCUCUUCAGACCUGCCCUGUGGGUGGUUUCACAGAUGGUGUCUUCUCAGCACUCUCAGUCCCCGAGUGACACAGUGAAAAUGCUUCUGUAUCUUCAGCCGCAGGCACUGGACAGCGAUGGACGUCUACUCUCCAGUUCUGCGUCGCGGGGGACAGAUAGUGGGCUGGCCAAAAAGUUCAUUUUGUUUUGUUUUUCUGUAAGAUGGUUCUAGUAGCGCCUAGUUGUCUUUAACGUCCUUUGAAACAAUUUUGUUAGUAUUGUGACAGCUGCCCUGUCGGCCUGUGUUUAAAAAAACUUAUCAAAAUCCGUAAA